UGAGGAGCUCAGCGCUGCGCUCAGAGGUCACCCCCCCCCCCUAUCUCCGCCGAGCGCGCUCCGGCGUGGGACAAAACGAAUGCGUGGUCAUCCCUGCUCUCGCUGGACGUUGUUUCGGCGAGGCUGCCCACGGCAGGUUGGCAAAAGCGGCCCCGGAGAGAGGGAGAGAGAGAGAGAAUUACGGGAAACACGCGACCGAUCCACGCGCGGCUCAACGCGCAGCAUGGAGCCCAGAGCCCGGCCCUAGGACGGCGCCUCCAGGUGUUACUUUGACAUUUAAUUUUCUGGCAAGGGUGAAACAAAUGGAUCAACCUACCUUCCAGUGGCAGUACUUUCAGCAUGGCAGUGUGCGCCUCCCACCAUUCUGCCGAGGUCGUCUGGAAGCAAUAGCAUCGUUCCCUGUGAGGCCAGAUGACGUGUGGAUCGCAUCCUAUCCAAAGUCAGGUACAAGUGUGCUGCAAGAGAUGGUAUUCCUAAUAUCACAAGGUGUAGACCCUGCUGAAGUAGGGAUCAUGAAUAUAGCUGAACAGAUGCCAGUGUUGGAACAUCCGCAGCCGGGGCUCGACAUACUCAUGCAACUGACGACACCGCGCAUUAUAAAAACACACCUGCCCUAUGGUCUCUUGCCUCGCGAUCUGUGGGACAGCAAGGCCAAGGUGGUGUACAUGGCACGGAAUCCCAAGGACCUAGCAGUGUCUUAUUAUCAAUUCUUGCGCUCUCUGCGCACUCCUGGUUUCCGCGGCUCCUUCCCCGAGUUUUGUCGGCGUUUCUUGGAGAACAGACUGGCAUAUGGCUCAUGGUUUGACCAUGUGCAGGAAUUUUGGAAUCACCGUAAUGAUGAACAAAUUCUAUUUCUCAAGUAUGAAGACUUACAUCAAAACCUGCCUAAAGUGUCAGAGCAGUUACAGGCAUUCUUAAGCAUAAAACAGGAAACGGCUCGUUCCCAGGACGUGGUGCAACAUUGCUCUCAGCUUGUGGAUGCAAGCAUGCAGCCACAUGCCCGUGGUCGAGUUGGCAUCUGGAAGGAUUCACUAUCUGUGGAAGAGAGUGAACACUUUGACGUGGCCUAUGGUGAAAGGCUCGCCCAGAUUGGUCUACAGUUUGAAUAUCAACUCUUAUGAUGAAAAACAACUCGUGUACAGAGAUAGAAUGGUGGUUUAUAUGCAUCAUUAUAAGGCAGUACAAAUAAAACAUCUGUAUAAUAGAAGUAAUACAUGUCUGCAUAAUAGGGUUGACACGUGCAAUGUUGGAAGUAUGGCUACCAGUGGUUCAAAUUAGUAAUAUUUUGACCUGUUAUUUUUUGCCCAACUGUAUAAUCGUGGCAUCACACACAAAGUAUGUUCUGUUUCAUAAUUGUCCUCGGUUAUAGACUUUAAAAUCAUUAUUCCAAUUGAAGACAUGGUUCAUAAUAAUCAACGAAGCAUAACAUUUGACAACACAGUCAACCGUUAACAUUUGUGGGGGAUACGUUCCUGGAGAGCAGCUCAAAUAUUAUAUCUGCGAAUAUUAAUAAUUAUAUAAUCCAAAGUAUAAUGCACAUUCAAUCCUAGGAUCACAAUGCAUGAAAAGCAGGAAACAAAAAACUGAACCAGGGCAGCAGGCCAAACUAAAGAGGUGGCCUUCCCUCUUUAGAGAUGGGUUUUCAAAUAUUUCUACCGACUCUGAUUUCCUGAUUUCAAGUGGCAAGGCGUCCCAUAGCUUGGGUUCCACGCUAGAAAAAGCCCGAUCACCAAAAGAGCACAACCUAGACCUGGGAGUGCUGAGCAGUUGGAGAUCAGAAGAUGGUAUGGACUUGAUGGAAUAUAUAAAUGUAUUAGUUCCUGCAAGUAAUGUGGGGUGAGCCCUUUUAAAGCUGUAUUGGUUAAUAGCAGUAUCUUAAAAUCCACUCGGAAUUUGACCGGUAGCCAAUAGAGAGAUAGAACUGGCGUAUCUUUAUACGUGACUUUACCGAAAGAACAAAAUAAUAAUUCCUGCAUGUCACGAAAGCUCCAAAAUUAAUAUUGGCGUAAUGUGCUCACAGAAUGGUGUACGUGUAAUAAUGAAAGUUUUUGGAGCAAAUAGCAUGUGUCUAUGUUGUGUCUCUCUCUGCAUGUCUCUGUGUUGUCUCUCUCUGCUUGUGUGUCUGUCUGUGUGUCUCCGUGUCUGUGUUUUGUCUCUCUCUCUCAAAUUUAGUUCUACCUAAUGACGACUGCUUGUGUUGCAAUCGAAACGUAUUUUAUUAUUUAAUCUAAUUUCGUUCUACGUGACUUUACCAUAUAAGUUAUUUUAAAACAUUACCUGUAUGUACUGUAUUGAUUAAUACAUAUAUUUAAUUGUUGUGUUAUAUAACUUUUUAUAAUGAUGAACAUGAACAUUUAAAAGUGCAAAUAUCAGUGAAUACAUAUUAUACAGUGCUUUCACGCUCUCACAAUCUACGCUGCUCCCAUGCUUCACGACUUCUUGCUGGGUAUUCACGUGCUACGGCCAUGAAUAUUUCAAAUACAAACCCGCGAAUAUCAAAUAGCAUUACUAUCAAUUUAUUGCAAAACCGAAAUUAUAAACCCACGAAUAUUAAAGGUGUACCGUAUAUUAAGUAUUUGAUGAAUGUGUAUCAUGAGGCUCUACCUUGUUCAUAGCACUAAGAUGCCAUGCCUUAAAUUCUGAUUUAAAAUUCUUGGUUUCCAGAUAAAAUAAAAAUGCGAUCGUCUCAGUACCUAUCGAAGAAAAGAAACAAAGCAAAUGUCACAUCCUUUGGAAAACCUGGUACUCAUGGAAAUGUAGAUUUUCUUCCAUUGACUCAACGCAAUCAAUGGAGAAGCAUGCCAAACACAAUGAUCAUUUAAAGAUAGAGAACGUGUUUACGUGUAUUUUGUUACACGUUCAAAGUAAUUGUUCAAAGUUAAUCUUAUGCUGGUGGAAACACGUCAAUAUAGAAAAAGUCAUUGUCUACGUACCCAUAAAUGUAGUCAGCCAUUUUUAUUUGAAGUACUUUCAAUGGGAAAUUACAUAGUUUUAGAUGUAUUUACAACACUGCAAUUAACCAGCAAUUAAACUACAGGCGUCCUGCGAAUUUUCAGUUACGCGGUUAAUCUUCUAGGGACAUAAUUCACACUUACGCUAUGCGUUUCACAGUUCUGCGGUCAAAAAUAUAUGUUCAAUAAUAAAAAGUCUACGAUUAAACAAAUAUUUCUGAUAGCGUCACCGCUGCUGGGCAUACCCAUCUUAGAUCUCUGCAUUUGUUUAACAGGGAAGUUAUGUUUAUAAAUUAAAAGUUACUUAUCUGUAUAAACUCAUUACAGGAUCAUAUUUUAGGUUUAAAAUGUCAUUUGUGGCAAAAAAUAUCGGGAAACGUAUCCUCACUAUUGUAAUUGAUUCCUAUAGGAAAAAUGGAUACGUAUAACGUCGUUUUGUUUAAGACCACAUUCACAACGUUAAACGAUGACUUACUGUACUUCGAAUUCAAAUUAAUGUAUGUUCAACUUAUUUCAACAUAGAUUAUUUUACUAGCCAGACGAUCUAAUUACCAUGGCCCUGAUAUCGUAUGUAGAUCACUCGGAUUCCUCCAGUAUUGAUAGAUAUUCUGAUUCUGUACGAGUUGUGAGCGUAACAAUGCAACGGUGACAUGUUUGAUAAGUCCGGGCUGAUAUGUGUUCAAGGUUGGUGAAUGAGCUGAUUUGUGUAUACUCUAUUAUGUAAGCUGCUGCUCCAUGUCAGAGAUUAAAGCUUACAUUUGUAAUCAAUUGUAUAAGUAACCUUAUGUAUUCAAAAAAUUAAGCAUUAAAAGUACCUGAAUAUUUAAGUGGAUAACUGAAUACAAAAAGGUCUCACAUCGAAAUGCAUGAAAUUUUGUCUAGAGGCUGUGAUAUCACAUUUGCAGUUUGUGUAGAUUUUGCAUAGACAUUUUUUUAAACACGUCAUCUUAUUUCAACAUCCAGUUUCAAAAUAAACAAUUAGGUUACGUGGAUAGUAAGCAAUGUGGAGGAGGUUUAGGGGUGAUGGGGGAUUCUUUUUUUUGUAUUAUUGCCUUACAACUCUGAGCACUAAUGUUU